AUGGGAACAAACACUUAUCACGUGCACAUACCCAUCCAUUCACAACGGUUACUAAUUGACACUAUAGCAAAAUAUGUGUCAAACUAUGGAAAACCAUUUGAAGAUGAGUUGAUCGCAAGAAUAGUAUUUGGUGAUGACGCGAGAUACAAUUUUUUAGUAAAUGAAGGAACGCCUGAAAAUGUUUACUACAAAUGGAAAGUUUACUCCCUUUGUCAAGGCGAUGAAAUUAACAGCUGGUGUACUGAUCCAUACUGGAUCUUUAAGGGUGGGUCUAAAUGGAUACCUCCGCAUAACUUAAGAUCAAUUGAUCGAGUUAACUAUUCAACCAAAGCUCAUGGUGCAAAAAAUUUACCAACCGAAGCACGUCAAUUACUAAUAGAUAAAAUUGCCAAAAUAUCUUCCAAAAGAUCGUCGAUUAGGGACACUAUGAUAUACAUAAUCGAACACAGCGAUUACGCUCUGGACGUAUCCAACAUACUCAUUGAUUCCAUAAUUAACAGUGAAAUCGAUGUUUCCACUAAGAUAAAUCGUAUCUACCUGUUAAACGAUGUAUUGCACAACAGUAGUAGCUGCACCAAACCUUCAUCCUGGGUAUAUAGAAAUGCCUUUGAGAAGAGGUUACCGGAGAUAUUUGACCACUUUUCCAAAAUAACUUACAAAUCUGGUAAAAUCGCAAGGGGAUUGAUCAUUGAGAAGUUAUACACUUUGGUUAAAAUUUGGGAAUCAUGGAGUAUUUUCUCGACCACUUUCACUAAAGCCCUAGAAUUCACAAUAUUAAGUGAUCAUAUUGACGUUAUUGAGCCUAUAAAACCACCUAUUAACUUGCUAAACAGUCUUUUGGAUGGAAGGGAACUGAAUGGCUGUGAAGUGCUUCUAAAAUUGCCUCAGACUUAUAGAAAGUUUGCAUACGUUGGACAAAUUUCAUUUAGAAAUAUGUACGCCUUCACAUUGAUCAGCUCAAACUCACCUGUCUAA